AUGCUGGAAGAAAAAGAUCAUGCGGAGUUUUAUGGGCAGCAAAGGCUUGAUCAUCAAAUCCGAUUAGUUGAAUCAAAUUAUGGAGAUCGUGAAGCUAGAGAACUUUGGUCAGAGUUGAGUUUAAAGCUUCCUAGUUUUUUCAAGGAUAUUACCAUAACACCUGCUCUAUUGCAUGGUGAUUUAUGGAGUGGAAAUGUAUCAGAGACAGAAGAAGGACCUGUAAUUUUUGAUCCUGCUGUGUUUUAUGGGCAUUCUGAGUAUGAGCUAUCAAUAGCAGAUAUGUUUGGAGGAUUUCCCCGCUCAUUUUAUAAUGCAUAUUACAAUGUUCUGCCAAAGCAACCAGGAUUUGAAAAGAGGAAAGAUGUAUAUAAAUUAUUCCAUUGUCUUAAUCAUUGGAACCAUUUUGGAGGAGGAUACAGAAGUUCUUCUAUAUCUAUCAUGAAACGGAUUUUAAAAGAUUCAUGAAACUAAACUAGUCUGCCUGAUAAUUUCACAAAAUUCACUAUUAGGUAGUGCAAUUUAUGCCAUAUAAACAGAAAGCAGUGUCUUUCUAAUGUGAUCUAAGGAACUACUAUAAUCGUUAUUUUUUUAUGAAAAUAAUAGCAAUAUAUGCAUGUAAAUUGUUUUACUAAAUAUUUUUGUUUUUAUGAUAAGUAAAAUCGUAGUUCUUGUAAUAUGCUGUUACAUUUUUUAAAGUUCUGUUGUGUUCUUUUUUUUUUUUUUUUUUUUUUUAGAUACUUUUUAUGUUAAAAGUUGCAUGGAUGUAUGUAAUUUGUUGUUUUUUUAUUAUUUUUUUUUGAAUACUCAAAAUUUAUUUUUUAAAAUAUUAUAUUUGUUUUAAUUAUAGCUGAGCCAGCUGAAAAAAUUAUUAAUCAUCUUCGCAUUUAGUAGAGAUGGUAAAUAAUUAAUUAUAUUUGUAUAUUUUGUGUAGUUUACACAUUCAAUGAAACCUUAAUUGUAAAUUUUAUAUGGAAUUCAAUUGUCAUAAUUCUACAUUCAGAUGGAGAAGGUUUUUGUAGGAUAUAGUUUAAGAACACAAAACAAGUAACUAAAAAAUGAUGCUACUAAUUAUCUUGGGAGGGGGGUAAGAAGGCAUAAUAUUUUAUAUUUGAAGAUAUUUUGAUUGUAAUUAUUAUACAGCCAAAAGAUGCAUUACUUAUAGUUAAUUAUUUGAUUGUAAUUUAUUAUGAAUAGUAAUAUUUACAUCUUCAGCUCAGACACAAAUAUACCUGAGUUUUAAAACAUGUGUUUUGCAUCAUUACUCUAUGUGUUCUGUGUCUUAAAUAUAGCAAAUUCUAUACUACAGGAUGAGUAAAAAGUAUGUUAUACAUUUGAUCACAUCAUAUGAUGAUAUUUAUGUCUUAAGGAAGUGCCACUGGAAAGCCAAGUCUACAAACUGAAAUAUAACAUUAUUAUCUCAGA